CAUAAAAGUGAAAACCUGACUGCUGACAUAUUUUUGGUGUUGUCUAUCAUCAAUAUGCGAUAUACAUCUCCGCUAAACUUGAUUAACAAAUCAAAGCAAGACUAAAACUCUGCCUUAGUCCUUUCUCAGCCAACUCUAAUCCCCAAAUCCCUGUGAGGGUCAUUCAGACUCAAUGACAGCCUUUUAGACUCAUUGCUCAGAGGCGUACAUUUUUAGUUAUGUUUUGAUACUAAUAACAGCAACAUUUACAUGAUUUAUUUUUAUUUCACUGGCUAGCUUUAAAGUUAAAAGGAAGCUACAAAAGGACUACGAAUAAUGGAUUAAAUAAAUUAAGGACUUGGAAAGGCCAGAUUUCACGUUUGCCAUGACCAUGACUAUGACUACAUCUAAUACAAUGCCGCCUCACACAGCACACAAACUUACCUCAGACAGUGAAGAGCAAAGCGAGGACGACCUAGUCUCGCCUCAGUCAAAUCGUCUGGCCAACAUGAAUAACAGCAACAACAAUGAAGAAGAAGAAAAAGGAGAAAAAAAGAAAAAAAAGAAAAAGGAGAAAAAGGAGAAGAAAGAGAACAAGGAGAAGAAAGAAAAAAAGAAAAAGGAGAAGGAAGCAAAAGAAGCAAAAGAAAAGGAACAAGAAAAAGAGAAGGAGCAAGAAAAAGAGAAGGAGAAAGAAAAAGAGAAAGAAAAGGAAAAAGAGAAAGAGAAAGAAAAGGAAAAAGCAAAAGAAAAGGACAAAGACAAGCCCAAGGAAAUAUUCGUCAUUAAUCCUGCAGGGAAUUUGUAUUACAACUGGCUUUUCAUCAUCACAGUACCAGUCAUGUAUAACUGGACCAUGAUUAUUGCCAGGGCAUGCUUUGAGGAGCUGCAACAUGACUACAUACUCUACUGGGUUGUCUUGGACUACAGCUCCGAUCUUAUUUACCUGGCGGAUAUGUUUUUCAGAACCAGAACAGGGUACCUUGAACAAGGCCUGCUGGUGAAAGACGAGAAGUUGCUUCGAGAAAACUAUGUCAAAAGCUUCCAGUUUCGUCUCGAUUUUGUCUCGAUGCUGCCUACAGAUGUCUUUUAUUUUGUCCUUGGCCUCGACUACCCAGAGAUCCGCAUUAACAAGCUGCUGAGAAUUGGCAGAAUGAUGGAGUUCUUCACGAGGACUGAAACUAAAACCAACUAUCCAAACAUCUUCCGCAUAGGGAACCUAAUUAUGUACAUCCUCAUUAUCAUCCACUGGAACGCCUGCCUCUACUUUUCAUUCUCCAAGUCGAUUGGUUUUGGUGCUGAUGACUGGGUCUACCCAGCUCUUGAUGAUCCAGAGGAGCCUGCGUUUGGGGAGCCUAUGAGAAAAUAUGCUUUCAGUCUCUAUUGGUCGACACUGACGCUGACUACCAUCGGUGAAACUCCACCACCAGCUCUUGACUCAGAGUUUCUCUUCCAUGUGAUGGACUUCUUAGUUGGAGUCUUGAUCUUUGCCACUAUUGUGGGAAACAUUGCUACUAUGAUUUCCAAUAUGAAUGCUGCCCAAGCCCAGUUUCAGUCCCGCAUUGACAACAUUAAGCAGUACAUGCAGGUUCGAAAAGUCAGUAAAGAACUUGAGCUACGAGUUAUCAAGUGGUUUGACUACUUGUGGAAUAACGGCAAGGCUCAGGAUGAGAGAGAGGUCCUGAGGUAUCUCCCCGACAAGCUGAGAGCAGAAAUAGGCAUCCAAGUACACAUGGACACCCUGAAGAAAGUUCGGAUUUUCGCAGACUGCGAGGCAGGCCUGCUGAUCCAGCUUGUGCUCAAACUUCGUCCGCAGGUUUUCAGCCCCGGAGACUACAUUUGCAAAAAGGGAGACAUUGGUCGUGAGAUGUAUAUUAUAAAAGAUGGCAAACUAGCAGUUGUUGCCGAUGACGGUGUCACACAGUUUGUAGUGUUGGGAAGUGGUAGCUAUUUUGGGGAAAUCAGUAUCCUUAAUAUUAAAGGCAGUAAAGCGGGCAACAGGCGGACAGCCAACAUUAGAAGCGUUGGCUACUCUGACCUCUUCUGCCUUUCCAAAGACGACCUGAUGGAGUCACUGACCGAGUAUCCUGAUGCCAAAGCCAUGCUAGAGGAGAAAGGCCGGCAGAUUCUUAUGAAAGACGGUCUCAUCGAUUUGGACCCAGCCAACAUUAAGCCUGAGGUUAAGGAGCUAGAGGAGAAGGUCAGCAAACUUUACAGCACAAUGGAGCUGAUGCAGAUAAAGCUUAAAAAGGUUUUGGGAAAUUAUAAGAGUGCUGGCAAAGCCCUUCGACAACGCAUUGCAGAUCUAGAACGCCUGAGUGGUGAAGAGGUAGAAGAAGAAGGCGAGGAGGAUGAGCAAGAGAAAAAAGAUGCUAAAGAGGAAACACCAGAUGAAAAGGUGGAGGGAGAUAAAGAAGAAAAAACUGAGGAAGAGAAGGAUGAAGUGACUCAGAUGGAUGAAGGAAAAGGUGGAGAGGGUGAAGAAGAAGCAACUGAUGAAACUGAAGUGAAGGAUGAAGAUGCAGAAGAGGAAAAGACAAAAUAAACCUUUGGUGUCUGUAAAACUAUUUUGAAAGAAUCGAUGUCACAAAUAAAUAUUUAGUCCUUUCUUAACUUCCUACCCAACUCAGUGGGUGAUCAGGGAAGACAAAUGCUAAGCUAUGAACUCAAACUAUCUAUUAUUGUACUAUAUUAUAUUUUGUUCAACUGUUCAGAUUGUUGUUAUUUAUUUUAUAUACAAAGGAUCAUAUAUACACAAUCUGGAAAAUCAACCUGCUAUUUGCAACACAGCAGCAUUAACUAAUAUUCUUAUAAGUUCUGCAAAUUGUAGGGCCUGUAGCAUAUGAAUCAUGCAUCAAAUGCUGCAGGGAAAGAAACUCCUACCUGUAGUUGAUGAGAGAGAAGCUGUAUUUUAAUGAGACAGAAGGUCUGCAUUUGCAUUUUGUCAUUUGACAGAUCCUUUUAUCCAAAGCACUUUAUCAUUUAGGAAACACCACUUAAGUUCAGUGCUGAGAGACACUUUUACAUACAGAAAAAGUGUUGAAAAAGUCAGUAAAACCACGGAAAUCCUAAUGAACUGAAGUUUAGGUAUUUUGUGUCUUUUGAAUAAAUAUUCCUUCAACUUAUUUCCGCUCAAAUGGAAAUUUGUUAGUUUUUCUCACCACCACAAAACCACAAAUGGUAGCAAUCUGUGAAAGAAUGUGUUGUGCGGGGAUAUAUGGCAGUCCCAGUUUAUUUGAGGAACACAGUGUAUGACUGGUUUGUCAGAAAAUGUGUCAGUUACUAUUGAAAUAAACAUCCAUGACUU